GCCUCUCUCGCCAUGCUGUCACUUCACUCUGAGCUCUUCAUUGCUUCGCAUUAGGCAGGCGCAAGGGUUGAAGACAGGGGGGGAUACAACCAAUGGAGGUUUCUGCUAGGCAUUUCCUUUGACCUUCCCUCCCUUUGUGCCUCUGUCACCUCUCCUGCCCACUUUCCCCUCUUCUCCCAAUGUGUUGUACAUUCCCCUCCUGUCCUCCCCGUCCAUCCACUCAUUAAACGUGUCCGCUCAGCUUGGACGGUGGCUGCAUCGAUGCAAAAUGGGUUGUGGCAAUUCCUCAGCCACCAGCACCACAGGAGGGGGGCCAGCAGAAGCCUCCAAAGAUGUGACAGAAGAUCCCUCAGCAGAAGAUGAGAAAAGAAGGAACUAUGGUGGUGUGUAUGUAGGUUUGCCAGCAGACCUAACGACUGUGGCUGCCAGCCAGUCCAAAGCUACACGUAAAGACUAGCAACCAUUCAAGGAAACGCACAAGAGGAUCCUGCAUAUUAAUUUACGUACAAACAGUCACAUUACAAGCAAAGAGCAUGUAAGCCCUCUGAUUCUGCCCCACCACAGACUGAAUAAAGUCUCAGGCACUAGUACUCUACGAAGAUGUGGACGGCCUACAGGGGCUGGGGGGAUGUUCCCUCACAGAGUAAUGGGUGGCAAAGUGAAACAGAGGUGCACAUCAGAGGCCUGCAAGUGGAUUGUAUCAUCGCCCUUUACUUUGCAAAUACUAGGAAAGCACUCAAUCUGGGACUAGCAGCUAUGGACAGCGGCACCGGACUUAUCGACAGUCAUCUGGAUUUCUCGGUCAAUUCACUGGAAAUUUCUCUUUCUCAGGAGGAGACAGAUGAUCCAGCCAACUUACUAAAUAACUGGGUGGGGGCUGACACACUCCCAACAGCCCUCUGCAAUAAUAAUCACUGCUCAGUUAUUUCUCUAAAACGCCAUCAAUGAUUCAUUGUGUGGCAGGGAUAGAGUUAUAGAGAGACAGAGAUAAACCAGAGUUUCACACACACACACACACACACACACACACACACACACACACACACACACACACACACACACACACACACACACACACACAAAAGCAGCAAGCACAUUCCUGUUAAUGUAUAAUAAUGGAACAUCUCAGUGUUGUUGAAAAUAGUGCUGAUUGCAAUCAGGGUCCUGCUGCUGCAACAGAAAAGUCUGAAAUGACACUGAUUUUAACAAUGGCUCUAAAUGUUAAUAACAGCGAUGAGUCAAGUCGAGGGUUUCACAGAUGAUGUUCCUAAAUGUCCCGAGUGCAGCAGGCAGGUCGUACCUGAUGUUAUCACUUAUCUUGGCCCCAGACUGAUUAUGUAACCACAACAUAUGAGUCAUGAUACUUAGAGGAGCUCUCCCCGUCCACCCGUCUCUCUCUCUCUCUUUGCGUCCUUCUCAAUUGUCUGCAGGAUUGUAUUUUCCUGUUCCCCCUGUUUAUACUGCCUUUGGCUCAUUCACAUAAUUCUUAUAAUAAUUUCGCUCCAGAUGUAGAACUGACACAGUUUCUUCAAAUCUCACAACAUCCAUGUAUGUUACACUCAACUGAAAAAAGAGAAAAAAAACACGUCUUAAUAUUUCAUAUUCAUUUGCAAAAAAAAAAAAAAAAUAACAAAAAAAUGUGAAGAAUAGAGACAGCCGCCCAAAAAAGUGAAUUCUUUUCUCUUUUGUGAAACUGCCGUUGUAGCAACUCCAUUGAAUUUAUUAUAAUUCUCCUUUAUACUGUAUAAGCAUAGUUGUUUUAUGUUUGUUUGCUUUUUGUUAUCUUUAUAUGAAAUGUGUUAUUAUGUAUUUUUUUAGACUGUCAACAAGUCCUAAUGGAAAAAAAAAUGAAAUCAAAGAUUCUUGUGUCUAACUUAGGCUUUGCUCAGUCCACUCUAAGGUUGAGAUAAACUCUGCGACCCUGUUCACACUUAAUGCUAAAAUGCUUCUCAGGCGAUUGGAUCAAGAUUGGACUACAGAGACACGUUGCUGUUUUAUAUCUGCGAAUCUGUGACAAUCAUGUGUCUCCAGCUGUCUUUGCUACUGUUGAACACAGAUGUUUCAUUCCCACUCAAGUGCCAGAUUUACUUUAGGUCAGCAAAGAGAACAAGAACUAAUAUUUGUGUACGAGUUAUUCCGGCUAUUGAUAUUGUAAUUUGUGAGACAAAAUGAAGGAAAUGUUCUGUCUGCAACAAGGACAAUGCUUCAUAACAAUUUUCCAGGUUGUUUCUUGUUUUAGGCAAUUCAGAAAAUGAAAGCAUUGACCUUACAAUAAAUAUGUGGCUCAAACCAACACAGAAAGCGCUUUGAGUAAGUGGAUCAGAUUGCAUGAUAUUGAUUGUUCUUUAUCUUUUGCACUGUCCGUGUGUAAUUUGAUCGCAGAAGGUGCAAUUUAUAAUCAAGUGUAGGCAGGGUCUAUGUGUUUCUCCACCAUAUUGUUAAGAGAUUUCUUUUUAAAGAACUUGGGCAUUGCAGGAACAAAUGAAUUCUAAUAGAUGGUGUAUUAGUAGAUCAAUUCGUUGUUGGGAUCGGUCCAUUUGUGAAGUUUGUUGACCUCGAGAAAAAAAUACACAAUAUAAUCAGCCUUAUACUUUAACAGUAAAACCUCAUCAAGCACUACGAUGUUCCCAGAAAAGAAAAAACACAUUACAGCUGGUCGAGCAUUAAGGUCUAAGGUCAUUUGUCAGCCAGACUCUUGACAGUUCUCUCCUCUAAUGAAUGUACAACAUCUUCCACUGACCAAGACUUUAGGGGAGGGUGGAAAUAGGCCAACUUUAAACACUUGAGAUUCAAGAGAUGUUCUGUCUGAGCUACACAAAGCUCUUUAUACGCCUGUCUGUGUAGCUCUGACGGCCUCAACUGACCAGCCUCAUAAAAAUGAGGACUUGUUUCACCCUGCCAGCACACAAGCUUACUGUUUACUGUUUGAUCAGUUUUUCUUGCGGGUGGCGCUUCACAUCGACGCCCACUAGCUGCCAAGCUGCGUCGCCAGUUAUCAGUCGAGCUGAUACCAAGGGAUUUCGUGUAGUGUCUUUUAAUUGCGAGCCAUUUGUCUACUCACAUUGUUGCAGUGUGUGCAUUGUUCACCUGUUGUAGAGACAGAUUAUACUGCAGAUACAAAGAGCUGCUUCAUGUACUUUGUAGUUAAUGGCAAAUAAUAAAAGGAGCUGAAGUGUGCCUACAGUGCCAGAUCAUAAAUUUGAUCAGCAAACCCACCUGAGACGUUGCAUUUUUGCUGUCCCUUUUCUUUGAUGUCUACAUUUUUUCCCUACUGCUGUCCCCACCGGUGGCCUUUGGCUUUUACAGCGUGUUGUGCUGCCUGCCUCUCCCUCUUCUAUCAGCCUCACGUUGCCCUUUAUGGUUGUUCCUCCUGUAUAUGAUGAAUGUCACUGCCUUUGCCCUAUUCAGUUAGCUUAACAGGGACAAGGGGGCAGAAUGUGGAUGAAUAUAACCGUCUGAUGUCCUCUACAUUAAAAUGCUGCUGUAGUUGCUGCAGUACAGCGUGUUGAAUGUAGUAGGGGUGGGCUGUGCUUAUAGAAGAUUUUUGGGGGGAGGAACUGCUAUGGAUGUUAAAUGCUAAGCAAAGCUAGCUACCAGCAACCUGUUAGCUUAGCGUAAACUUUGGAAACAGCCUAUCUUUAAAGGUCACCAUUUAACACGUAACAUCAAAAGUAAGAUUUAAAAGGACACGUCUGUUGAUACAAGCAAGAAAGGAAUGAAAUGCCUUUCUUCAAACUGUAAUACUAUUCCUUUUGUGUAUUAAAUAAAAUUCUUACGGUUUAGUUGUAUAAUGAUGCUGAAAAUUCUGGACACCACCUGGAGUCAAAGUAGCUGUUAAAUAAUUUAUUUAUUCCAACACUAGAAAAGACCUAAAGUAGUCAUAGAAAACCCUCCACCCCCCCACCAAUGUCACUUCAUGGUUUUGACCACUGUAAAAUUUUAUGAAUCAAGAGGUAAUAAGUGAGGUUCUUGGGUUGUUCAAUGAUGUUCUAUGCUUAAAAAACAUUUUAUGGGAUAUUUAUCAUGUCUGUCUUUCACGCAAAAAUAAUAUUUACUCAUCACUCCUUUCUAAACCUAAUCUAUCAAUGAUGCUGAAGAUUAAAAAAAUGUGACUGCCUCUGUGCAACAAAUCCACAAUUUUCUGAUUGAAUUAUCAACAAUUAAAGACUUUUAUA